AUGGCUGCACCAGACCACAUGGACUCAGUGCAGAAGCACGAUGCCUCCAGCGACGACGCAGAGACUGAGACCAAGAUCCAGUAUCCGUCCGGAUGGAGGGUCACGAUGAUCCUGACCUCGGUGACCCUGGCCUACUUCCUCUUCUUCCUGGACCUUGCCGUCCUAUCCACCGCCACGCCCGCCAUCACCUCGCAGUUCGACUCGCUGGUCGAUGUUGGCUGGUACGGAGGCGCCUACCAGCUCGGCAGCGCGGCGUUCCAGCCCCUGACCGGCAAAAUCUACAGCCAGUUCUCCAUCAAGUGGACAUUCCUCGUCUUCUUCGUCAUCUUCGAAGUCGGCUCCGUCCUCUGCGCCGCGGCUCACAACUCCCCCAUGUUCAUCGUCGGCCGCGUCAUCGCGGGCGUAGGCUCGGCGGGGAUGUCGAAUGGCGCCGUCACAACCAUCUCCGCUGUCCUGCCGACCCAGAAACAGGCGCUCUUCAUGGGCCUGAAUAUGGGCAUGGGCCAGCUGGGUCUCGCGACGGGCCCGAUCAUCGGAGGCGCGUUCACGACGGAUGUUUCGUGGCGCUGGUGCUUCUACAUCAACCUCCCCCUCGGCGCCAUCGUCGGCGGCUUCCUCCUCUUCAGCACAAUCCCCGAGCCCAAGCCCAAGUCGCCUCCGCUGCAAAUCCUCGGGUCCGCAAUCCACUCCCUCGAUCUCCCCGGCUUCAUGCUCGUGUGCCCCGCCGUGGUAAUGUUCCUGCUAGGCCUGCAAUUCGGAGGAAACCAGCACCCGUGGGAUAGCUCGGUCGUGAUCGGCCUGCUGAUCGGCGGCGCCGCCACAUUCGCCGUGUUCAUCGUGUACCAGUGGUGGCGCGGCGACGAGGCGAUGGUCCCCUUCGCGCUGCUGAAGCAUAAAGUCGUCUGGUCGGCGGCGAUGACGAUGUUCUUUUCCCUGUCCAGUGUGCUCGUCGCGGACUUUUACAUCGCCAUCUAUUUCCAGGCCAUUCGCGAUGACUCGCCGCUGAUGAGUGGCGUGCAUAUGUUGCCGAUUACGCUGGGACUGGUGCUUUUUACCGUUGUUUCGGGGGCGUUGAUCUCCAUGCUGGGCUACUACCUCCCCUUCCUGCUCGCCGGCGGCGCAAUCUCGGCCGUGGGCUACGGGCUCCUCUCGACGCUGAGCACGAGCACCUCCGUCGCGAAAUGGGUCGGAUACCAGGUCCUGUACGGCGUUGCGAGCGGGUGCACGACGGCUGCGCCCUACAUCGCAAUCCAAAACCUCGUGCCCGCGCCGCAAAUCCCGCAGGCCAUGGCGAUCAUCAUCUUCUGGCAGAACAUCGGCGCCGCGAUCUCGCUGAUCGCCGCAAACGCCAUCUUCUCGAAUGUGCUCCGCGACGAGCUGGCGAAACGCGCGGGCCAGAUCGGUGUGUCUGCCGACGCGAUUGUCGCCGCUGGCGUGCGCAGUAUCCGCGAGCUUGUCGCGGGGAGGGAACUCGUCGCUGUGCUGGAGGCGUAUGCGGAGGCGAUUGAUAAUGUCAUGUACCUGGGGAUCGCGGUGAGUGUGUGUGUGAUUGUGUUUAGUCCGGGGCUGGGGUGGAAGGAUAUAAGGCAGACGAAGGAGUUGCAGGCGCUUACUAGUGAGGGCGAUGGGGAGGGGGGGAAGAGGGAGAAGGAAACGGUGCCGGUUGCGUUUGGUUAG